GAAUCGCCAACUCACCACUAUGAAGAUGGAACCGGAUCGUCACCGGAGAUUGUUUCUGGUCUAACAGUUGUUCAUCCGGAUUGGAAACCUUCAUCCUGCUGGUCUUGGUGGUCUCCUCAUUCAUGUCCCAGCUUACAUCUCACUGUCUCUGGGAUUCCUUCCAUAACUGAUGCAGAAAUGAACACAGAAGCAGAGCAACAGCUGCUCCAUCAUGCCAGAAAUGGCAACGCUGAAGAGGUGAGACAGCUGCUAGAAACUAUGGGAAGGAACGAGAUCAUUGCUGACAUUAAUUGCAAAGGGAGAAGUAAGUCUAAUUUGGGUUGGACACCUCUUCAUCUGGCAUGCUAUUUUGGACAUAGACAAGUGGUCCAGGAUCUCUUAAAGGCUGGUGCAGAAGUAAAUGUAUUAAAUGACAUGGGAGACACGCCACUUCAUCGUGCUGCCUUUACAGGACGAAAGGAGUUGGUAAUGCUUCUUUUGGAAUAUGAUGCUGAUACAACCGUAGUUAAUGGAAAUGGACAGACAGCAAAAGAAGUGACUCAUGAUAAAGAAAUCAGAAGCAUGCUUGAAGCUGUAGAAAGGACUCAACAAAGAAAGCUUGAAGAAUUACUUUUAGCAGCAGCAAGAGAAGGCAAAACAGCAGAUCUCACAGCUCUGCUCAACAGGCCAAACCCUCCUGAUGUUAACUGUUCGGAUCAGUUAGGAAAUACACCCUUGCACUGUGCUGCUUACCGGGCUCAUAAGCAGUGUGCCUUAAAGCUUCUCAAAAGUGGAGCCGACCCUAAUCUGAAGAAUAAAAACGAUCAGAAACCCCUUGAUCUUGCCCAGGGUGCUGAAAUGAAACACAUUCUUGUUGGUAAUAAGGUCAUCUACAAAGCAUUGAAACGAUAUGAAGGCCCUCUCUGGAAGAGUUCAAGAUUUUUUGGCUGGCGAUUAUUCUGGGUAGUGUUAGAACACGGAGUCCUUUCAUGGUACAGGAAACAGCCUGAUGCAGUCCAUAAUAUUUAUCGCCAGGGAUGCAAACACCUAACUCAAGCAGUGUGCACGGUAAAAUCCACUGAUAGCUGCCUCUUCUUUAUUAAAUGCUUCGAUGACACUAUUCAUGGCUUCAGGGUUCCUAAGAAUAGCCUUCAACAGACAAGAGAGGACUGGCUGGAAGCAAUAGAAGAGCAUUCUGCUUACAGCACUCACUACUGUUCCCAGGACCAGCUGACUGAUGAUGAAGAGGAGGAUGCCGUUUCUGCUGUGGACUUGAAGGAAUCCUUGGAGAAAGCACAGACAUGCCAACAGAGACUAGAUAGGGAAAUUUCCAACUUUCUCAAAAUGAUUAAGGAGUGUGACAUGGCUAAAGAAAUGCUUCCAUCAUUUCUACAGAAGGUUGAAGUUGUCUCUGAAGCUUCUAGAGAAACUUGUGAAGCUUUGAGUGAUUGCCUUAAUCUCUUCACUAAACAAGAAGGGGUGAGGAAUUUUAAAUUGGAACAGGAGCAAGAAAAAAACAAAAUUUUGUCAGAAGCGCUGGAGACGCUAGCCACGGAACACCAUGAACUAGAGCAGUCUCUGGUUAAAGGCUCCCCACCUGUCAGCAUCCUUAGUGAGGAAGAGUUCUAUGAUGCACUGUCAGAUUCCGAGUCCGAACGGACCCUGAGUAGAUUGGAAGCUGUGACCACACACUCCUUUGAAGAGGAAGGAGAACACCUGAGCAGCGGAAAGCACAGAAUGUCCGAAGGAAAAGACUGUGGUGGUGGAGAUGCUCUCUCCAAUGGCAUCAAAAAACACAGAACAAGCUUGCCUUCCCCUAUGUUUUCCAGAAAUGACUUCAGUAUCUGGAGCAUCCUCAGAAAAUGCAUUGGAAUGGUAAGUGUACGGAUUCUGGUACUUCUGGAGCUGGAAGAGCUCGCACAGUGUGUGGCUGCAUUCGCUGUGUCGGCUGUUGCUUCUCAGUGGGAACGCACUGGAAAGCCUUUCAACCCACUUCUGGGAGAGACUUAUGAGUUAGUUCGAGAUGACCUUGGUUUCAGACUCAUCUCCGAGCAGGUCAGCCAUCACCCACCUAUUAGUGCAUUUCAUGCUGAAGGAUUAAACAAUGAUUUCAUCUUUCAUGGCUCAAUUUAUCCCAAACUGAAGUUCUGGGGGAAGAGUGUAGAAGCGGAACCCAAAGGAACCAUCACGUUGGAGCUCCUUGAACACAAUGAGGCGUACACGUGGACAAAUCCCACCUGCUGUGUCCAUAACAUCAUUGUGGGCAAACUCUGGAUUGAGCAGUACGGCAACGUGGAGAUCACAAACCACAAGACUGGGGACAAGUGUGUGUUGAAUUUUAAGCCGUGCGGCCUUUUUGGUAAGGAAUUACACAAAGUUGAAGGCUUCAUUCAAGAUAAAAGCAAAAAGAAGCUCUGUGCUCUCUAUGGGAAGUGGACAGAAUGUUUGUACAGUGUUGACCCCGCCACAUUCGACGCUUACAAAAAAAAUGACAAGAAAAAUACCGAAGAGAAGAAGAACAGCAAACAGAUGAGCACUUCUGAGGAGUCGGAUGAAAUGCCAGUGCCAGAUUCUGAGAGCGUGUUUGUCAUCCCUGGAAGCGUUCUCCUGUGGCGAAUAGCCCCGCGGCCUCCGAACUCUGCCCAGAUGUAUAACUUUACUAGCUUUGCAAUGGUUCUGAAUGAAGUAGACAAAGAAAUGGAGAGUGUGAUUCCUAAGACGGACUGCAGGCUACGGCCUGACAUCAGAGCCAUGGAAAAUGGAGAAAUAGAUCAAGCUAGUGAGGAAAAAAAGCGACUUGAGGAGAAGCAGAGAGCGGCCCGCAAGAACAGGUCCAAGUCGGAGGAGGACUGGAAGACGAGGUGGUUCCAUCAGGGCCCUAAUCCCUACAGCGGAGCCCAGGACUGGAUUUACUCGGGCAGCUACUGGGACAGAAACUACUUCAAUUUGCCUGACAUUUAUUAAAGUGUAGACAAGUGGGGGGCAUUUGGCCAAUCUACAAAUAAGUCUUAAACCUAUGUUUUAAAAUUUUUCUUCCUUGGUUUCUACUCAUCUUAAAAGACAAAGCCGUCUCAUGGUAACUUGUGUUUCACCCAACCAAAGUAGGGCAUAAGGUGAUCUCGGUGGUGAAAAGUCUUAGGAAAAAUGGGUAAUUUUGCUAUCCAAACACACUUACUUGGAAUACUGUUUUAUACGGAGGUUUGGGAAACUGCUGACUACGCUUUUGCUGGUUGCUGUUGCCAUAUUUACUGAAGGUUUCUACCUAAAUGUAACUUUAGCUUUAUGGAAUUAUAUAGUAACCCAAAUCAAGUUAUUUUGAAUAUUUUUAUGCUGUUAUGCUUGAAUGUUUUAGAUGUAACUUUGAAAUGUUUAGAAUUCUCCUAUACAAUGUUUAUGUGCUCAAAUAUAGAGAAAGGGUGUGUCAUUUUGCAAAGACCACACUGAAAAGAUGGCCUUUCUUCAUACUAACCCUCUCAGUUUUGCCCCUUCCCACCUCUAAAAGAAGAAGAAAAAUGCCUGAACGUUCAGAUAGUCCUGAUUUGGAAAUUCUAAGCUGGAAAAGGUAUUUCAUUUGCUUAUUUUAGCACUCUGAAUUUACUUUUACAGUUUUCUCUAAUGUUAUUAGAAUUAAAAGGUGUUUAAAUUGUACAUGUUCAAAUUGAAAAUAUGUAUAAAACCUAGCAAUUCAUAAAAAUACCCUAGAAUAGAGAUUUUAAUCACUGAUUACAUAAUGACAAACCUUUUAAAAUGCUUCAACUCCCAGUGGCAGAUGCCACCAGAAGAAUUCAGUUGUACUCCUGUAUUAUAAAUGUCAAACUCUAUAAUAGGUCGUCUCGUGCACUUCAAGUUUGCAAGGCACCUGUGUACUUAAGAUACGUACAGAGACCUACUGUACAGUAGCUUUGCCCCUUUAAUUGGGGUACAUUAAUCUUACGGUAUUUAUCCACCCAACCCCAGACUGAGAUACUGUUCCAGGGGACCUUAGGUAGCUGCCAGUAAGUUAUUUUAAUGGCUGUCUUGAAGUUAACAAGUGUUAUAAUGAAAUAAUCCACCUGAUGCUAAAUAAAGGCUUUAGAAUGUUCAAAA